UGAAUAGAUUCUAAUACAGAUUAACAGGUAUAUAUCAGCGCCAUGUAUGUUCUGGUGAUCAUCAUGUCUCACAGAACACUUACUUCAUGCAGGGCUGUUCGUGUUCCAACAUGUGGGUGGACUUUUUCAUUUUGUUUAUGUCAUACCACUCCCAUCCGCAAGGGGGCAGACGGGACAUCUGGAAUUACUCAUGAUGAACACAAACGCGGUAAUCACGGUAACUCACUGACCGGGGAACAGAUCUCAGAGACGGUGACAGCGGUCCAGAAAUCUCUGAUUUGUCGCUGAAAGAACAGACUGAUCUGAGAACAGCUGAGUAAACACGCGCUUGGGAGGAGGACGAGCAGCGGAGAAGAUCCAACAUGGCUGUUCGUGUUCCAACAUGUGGGUGGACUUUUUCAUUUUGUUUAUGUCAUACCACUCCCAUCCGCAAGGGGGCAGACGGGACAUCUGGAAUUACUCAUGAUGAACACAAACGUUUCCUGUCCGGGAGGAGGCGGUGAUCACGGUAACUCACUGACCGGGGAACAGAUCUCAGAGACGGUGACAGCGGUCCAGAAAUCUCUGAUUUGUCGCUGAAAGAACAGACUGAUCUGAGAACAGCUGAGUAAACACGCGCUUGGGAGGAGGACGAGCAGCGGAGAAGAUCCAACAUGUCUGAACCCAUAACAUCGGCAAUUUCCAAAUCCCUGACCGGAGAGGAGCUGAACGCUGACCUGCGGCCCACCUCCCUAUCGGACUGUCAGACACAGUAUGUUGAAGAAGAGAAAGUGAAGCCAAACGCUGACUCUGAACCACCGGGGAGGAUCCAUGCGGUCCCGAUCCACCAGCGUCCAGAUCUGCUGGUUCCCUGCGCCGACCUGGUGAACUCUGAGUGGCAGAGGAGUCAGGCCGCCCGGGUUCACUCCCUCCAGAAGUCAUGUCCAGAGUUCCCCCUCUGCCUGGUUCUUCUGCAGGGCCGUGGGGAGUCAGAGCGGCUGCUGGGCCACGUCCGGCUGUCCCAGGUCGUGGGUCAUGGCAGCAGCCUGUUUGUCGAGUCCGUGGUCGUGUCCAAGGCGGAGCGAGGGAAGGGCUACGGACGGACUUUGAUGGAUGAGACCGAGCGCUACUCGAAAGGCAGAGGGUUCGAGCGCCUGUGCCUGACCACCCACGAUAAGCAGCACUUCUACGGUCACCUCGGUUACGUGCUCUCAACGCCAGUGCAGAACGCAGGUGGCAUGACAUCGUUCGUUCCCAUGGAGACGCUUCUGAGGUUCUCCAGGAUACCGAGUGACGGGAUGAGCACGCAGAAACAAACACGGACAGUGAUGGACGCUCAAAUACCACAAGUGAACAGAGACUCAGAAGAUGCUUAUGUUGCAGGGUCACCUCGGCCUCCUCCUCCCACUCUUCCUCCUCCACCAACUCUUCCUCCUCCACCCCCUCCUCCACCCUCCAUCCCGCCACCUCCACCCUCGAUCCCACCGCCUCCCUUCAUCCCCCCACCUCCACCACCUCCUCCUCCUCCUCCUCCUCUGUCUGCAGUGCUCGUAGUUCAGACCUUGAACGAGACUCCCUACAGUGACGCCAAAGGAGUUCCCAUCUACUGGAUGCACAAAGACAUUUGAUGAACACACAAAUGUAUAAACUUGACAGUGCCUACACCCACAUUGUUGUUGUUAAUUCAUGAAUAACGUGAGUUUGAGACUGUUUUCACAUUCUUUGAAUCAGAGUGUAAGACUUGGAUGAACGUUGAGGAUUUUGUUACAGAGGAACUAUAUCUACUGUUAAAAGCCACUCACUGUCCCAUAAUGCAGCUAACACAGAUCAUGAGGAGGAAACUUUCAUCAUCAGGACACAUGAGAGUGGAACUUCCAGUGAACACAUCUCAUUUUCACCCAUCAGACUUGGAAAUUGAAAUGUUUUUGACGUUCACACAUGAUGUAUUUUUCAAUUGAGGAGAAGGCGUAGAUAUCAUUUUAAUCAUCUUUACCUGCUCAGUCGAAUCAUUUAGAUAUUUUGAAAGUUUUUCUUGAAAGAGAUGGGCUCAAAAAUAUAAUAAUUGGUUUUCUCCCUGUGGGUAGUUGGUUAGCUAACUUGCACGCUGACAAAUAUGUUCAUUGUUGAAUUCAAAUUAAUUAUUUCUAUCUUGAAACGAUCAUUGAACUGCUGCAUGCUGUGACAUCCUGUGACAUGUUGUUAUGUUCAACUCGAAGGUUGAAUGUGCCUUUUGAACUGCCAGAGAUCUUAAGCCUUAUUAACAUUUAUAAGAUUUGUUAUGUUAUUAAACUGAGACAUGGUGGUUUUUCCAUGGUGUAAAAUGAUUGAAAUAAAUUUAAUGAAAUAUUUA